AUGGAUCUUGACAGCAAUUGGACGACGGACGCAGCUCUCGGUUGUGAUAUUUCUUUCGGCCCAACCGCUAGCAGCUGUGAGACACCUCGGUUCGAUUUUACGCUCCUCUUUGAACAAUCGAUCUUGAACAUUGCACCGUGUGCACUGCUUCUAAUCUUUUCGCUACCGCGAACUCUCUAUCUGUUUCGUAGCAAGCCCAAGGUUCUGCGCAAUCGAAUCGGUAUACCUAAAUUGGUCGCCUACGCUGCUCUCAUUUCUCUGCAGCUAUCGCUACUAGUAGUCUGGUCCGUCCAUCAUGAGGCUCUGACUCACGCCUCUCUAGCAGCGGCGACGCUCAGCCUUGCCGAUGGAAUAGCACUGAGUGUGCUGAGCUACUUGGAGCAUCGCCGGUCAAUUCGGCCUUCAAGUAUCAUUCUCGUCUACCUCGUGUUCUCUAUUGCUUUUGAUGCAGUCCAAUGCCGAACUCUCUGGCUUCUCAAAACAAAUGUCCUGGCUCCCGUCUCUACAGCUACACUGGCGUGCAAACUUGUCGUCUUUCUUCUUGAACUUGGAGAGAAGCGCCACAUUCUUCUGCAUCCCUGGAAUAACCUAACACCAGAAACGACAAGCAGCAUCAUAAAUAGAAGCCUCUUUUGGUGGCUUAAUGAUCUUUUGCUUCGCGGGUUCCGUACACCUUUGUCUACUGAUACGCUUUACGAGAUUGACGACAGCAUGAAAUCGGAGAGACUUUUCCUUAAAUUACAAGAUGCGCGUCAGAAAUGGUCCAACUCACCCGUGCCCCAUCGAUAUAGUCUGUUGUUGGCUACAUGCGAUUCUCUCCGAAAGCCAUUGGCCGUCACAAUCCUGCCUCGUCUAUUUUUGAUCGGCUUCAAGUUUGCUCAGCCUUUUCUCAUAAAUCGCGUCAUUACAUACAUUCAGGAAAAGAAUGAUGGCGAUGGUGCUAGAAAAGAUGUCGGCUAUGCGCUUGUUGGAGCGACCGGAUUGAUCUCCAAUGGGUUCUAUCAGCACAAACUAUUCCGCUCUCUCACAAUGAUCCGGGGUGCUUUGACGUCCUUGGUCUAUAUCCGCACUCUUGAAGUGAGCGCCAUGUCUUCCGACACCGCAGCCAUUACACUAUCUGGCCCCGAUGUUACCUCAAUCACGAGAGCGUUCGAGAGCUUUCAUGAAAUAUGGGCAAACCCCAUAGAAAUUGCGCUGGCCAUAUGGCUGUUGGCGAGAGAGCUUGGACUAGGAUGCAUUGGACCCGCUGUCGCUGUUAUUGUGUGCACCGUUGCUAUGACGAGGCUCUCCAACUUCAUGGGGCCGGCCAUGAAAGCCUGGAAUGAAGCCAUCCAGCAACGGAUUACGACAACAUCAAGUGUAAUUGGCUCAAUAAAGGAAGUCAAGAUGCUAGGCAGAGCUAGCUCAUGGACAGAUAGCAUUCAACUGCUUAGAGUGGCAGAACUUCAGCGCUCGAAAAAGUUUCGUAGAUUCAUCACAUAUAUGAACAUCUUGGGGAAUACCCCAUCUGCUUUGGCUCCGAUUCUCACGUUUGGCAUUGCCAUUGCUGUGAGUCGCAAUGGCGCGCAGAAUCAGCUCUCAAUCUCGACCGCUUUCACCUCACUAUCAAUCAUCGCUCUGAUCACGAAUCCUCUGGCGAAACUUCUCUCAUCUGUUCCGUCUUUUGUGAGCUGCAUCGGCAGCUUUGAGAGAAUCGAGGCAUUUGUUGAUGAAAGCCAAAAUGCGCCGUCUACACCAAUUAGUAUGCAAAGUGAUGCAUCAAUCCAAACUGAGGGUGAUAUGACCUCUAGUAUUGAAUUGACUCAUCUCCCUAAGCGAGGGUCGGCCACAAUAGUGGCCGAUGAUGUCUCAUUUAAUGUGAAGAGUGGAGAAACCCCCGUACUACAAGGUCUAAACAUCAGCAUCCGACCGUCGACUUUAACAGUAGUGACUGGAAAGAUUGGAUCAGGAAAGUCAAUGCUUCUACUCGGGCUCAUGGGUGAACUUCAUGCAAGUGGCAGUUUGAAGCUUCCCUCAUCUGGGAUUGCAUUCUGCUCUCAAGCAACUUGGUUAGUCAAUACCACUAUCAAGAAAAAUAUCACUGGACCGGAGGACCAAGAAAUCGACUCGGAGUGGUAUGAAACCGUGAUCCGGGCGUGUGCGUUAGAGAGGGACCUUCAGCAACUGCGAGAUGGCGACGAGUCCAUCGUUGGAAGUAAGGGACUUACGCUCAGUGGUGGUCAGAAGCAGCGUGUUGCGCUCGCGCGAGCGAUUUACUCGAGAAAGCAAGUGCUCAUAGCGGACGAUAUCUUUUCAGGUCUGGACCCAGAAAGCAGGCGUCACAUUUGGACUCAAGUAUUUGGUCCAUUUGGAGUACUCCGUCGUCAAAAGGCCACCGUGAUACUUGCGACACAUACACGCACUUUCAGCGAGCUUUGUGAUUCAGUAGCCAUACUUAAGAGUCAACAAGGCAAGGAAGAUGACUCAAUAUCCGAGGAUUUAUCCGAUGAAAUUGAGCAAAAGCUACCCAGUGUACGAAGACAAGAAACUGAGGCCGAAGAAACCGAAAACCUAACUCAACGAAUGGGGGAUUCGUCUCUUUAUGCUUACUAUUUCAGAUCAAUAGGUUGGAAACUAGCUCUAGGAGCGCUUUUCUUUUCCACUACGGAACAGUUUCUUGCUCAAUUCGCCCAAAUCUGGCUUAAGUGGUGGACGGAGGCGAAUGAGGGCCAGUCUGAUACGAACACAGGCAUGUACUACGGUGUAUACGCCAUGUUCCUCUGUCUUGGAGUUGUAGCCAUUGGCGUUGAUUGCUGGUUCAUGUUUGUCGUUUUAAUCCCACGAUCUGCAGAAUGGCUUCACUGGCAGUUGUUGGAAGCCACAAUGAAGGCACCGAUGGCUUUCUUCAAUUCUGUCGACACUGGCGACUUGAUUAAUAGAUUUAGCCAAGACAUGUCUCUUGUAGACCGAGAAUUGCCUACAGCAGUUUAUACAACGACGUUUGGCCUUCUGUCAUGCAUUGGAGAUGCAAUCAUCAUUAUUGUCGGUGCGAAAUACCUUGCGGCAACAUUACCAGUCGCAAUCCUAGUACUCUACGCACUGCAAAAAUUCUAUCUCCGAACCUCACGCCAACUGCGUGUCCUGGACCUCCAGGCUAAAUCGCCACUGAACACGCAGCUUCUGGAGACCAUUGAAGGACUAUCAACAAUACGCGCGUUUCAUUGGCAAUCCGCUAUGACUAAGUCAUCUCUUGGAUUGUUAGAUCGUUCUCAGCGCCCGCACUAUCUGCUUCUCUCUAUUCAGCGCUGGUUAAACUUGGUCCUUGAUCUCUUGGUAACCGUCGCAGCGGUGCUUCUUGUCCUCUUUGGAGUUACCACCAAGACGUCCACUCCGGGAAACAUGGCCAUUGCCAUGUACAGCGCGCUGGGCUUUAGUGGAUCACUUGCCAACUUUAUCUCCUCUUGGACAUCUCUUGAAACAUCACUUGGAGCUAUCGCCCGCCUUAAAGAAUUCAUGCAAGUAACUCCUCAAGAGAUUGAGCCAUCACAGGACACGCUUUUGAAGCCUUCGACGUCAUGGCCUUCAAGAGGUCAAAUCGAUUGGCAAUAUAUCGAGGCUUUCUAUACUAGAAAAGAGGGAGGCGGAGAUCCUGUCCUUCACAACAUCUCGCUCCAGAUCCAGCCGGGCCAGAAGGUUGCCAUUUGCGGAAGAAGCGGAAGUGGAAAAUCAUCCCUGCUGUCAACGUUAUUUGGGCUAUUGGACUAUUCUGGGACCAUCACAAUUGAUGGGCUGGACAUCUCACAACUGUCUAAGCAAGCUCUACGGUCUGGUUUAAUCGUGGUUCCUCAGCAUCCUGUCCUGUUUCCAGGAUCAUUACGCUCAAAUCUUCUCUAUGACUCAGAUCAACAGGGACAAAUAAUCUCAGAUGCUGACAUUGUUGCUUUACUUGAGAGGUUGGAAGUAUGGGACGCCGUUUGCCAGAGUGGCUCUCUCGAUACUGAAAUGGCCGACCUGGCUCUGUCUUACGGCCAGAAGCAACUUCUCUGUUUGGCACGGGCCAUACUUCGUAAAGACAGAAGCAGAAUUGUCAUUCUGGAUGAGGCCAUGAGCGCGGUGGACCAUCAUACAGAAGAGCUCAUGAUCAAAGCUCUCGAGACCGAAUUUAAUGAGCACACCAUAAUUUCCAUAGUUCAUCGACUGAACACAGUUCGAAAUUUCGAUGCACUCGUCGUCCUCGAUCAAGGCAAAAUUGUCGAGAUGGGUAUACCUGGGGAGCUGAUUACCGAAAGUGGGCAGCUGAAAAGAUUCCAGAACGGCCGAAAAGUGUGA